AUGGCUUCCGCUUCCUCGAAUGCCAAGCAGAGCCUCUACCCGGAUGUGGACCAGUCCCACCCUGAUCUCAACACCCCCUUCUUCUCCGCGCCCACCACCUCCACCGGCGCCGGCACCGCCACGGGCAGCUCCCUCUACCCCACCGUCGACCCCAACGAGCUCGCGGAGAACCUUUUCCCCGAGACGGCCGAAGAGGACACCGCGCCGCCGCCGCAGACCACAGAGGAGACCAUAGUCGCCGUCCCCGGCGCGCAGCUCCACCUCGUCGACCCCGACCGCAGCCUCGACCUCGGCGCUGGCACGCUCUCCAUCGUGCGCCUCCGCCAGGGGGACCACUCCGUCGCCGUCCUCGCGCGCCUGAUCCCCAAGAAGCCCCACCACCGCCGCGGCCUCUUCCGCCUGUUUAGCAGCGGGCGGUCUGACGGUGGCGCUGAGCAGGAGCAAGUCCAGUGGCCGCUCACCCGCGAUGUCGCCGCGGUCAAGCUCGACCCCGCGCACUACUUCUUCUCGCUCCAUGUCCCGCACACGGACCACCCGGACGACAAGGAUGACGCGGAGGAUGCCGAGGCGGACGCGGAGGCGGCGCUGAGCUACGGCCUCACGGUCGUUGGGAAGGGGCAGGAGAAAGUAUUGGAGGAGCUGGACAGGGUCCUCGAGGAGUACACCACCUUCUCGGUGAAGCAGGUGGAGGCGGCGGCGAAGGAGAAGUCGGAGAUCAUGGACGCGAGGGCCGUGGCCGAGAUCACUCCGGAGGAAGCUGUCGGGGAUAAGAAGGAGAUCGUUGAGGAGAAGUCUGCGGCGUUCUGGACGACAAUCGCGCCGAACGUCGACGAUUACAGCUCGUCGGUGGCGCGGCUGAUCGCGCGGGGCUCGGGGCAGCUAGUGAGGGGCAUCAUCUGGUGCGGCGACAUCACGGCGGAGGGACUGCGGCGUGGGGAAGAGGUGGUGAAGAAGAGCGUGGGGCCCAGCGCGAAGCCGACGCAGGUGAAGCCCAGCACUCUCAGAAGGAUGAAGAGGGCUAGGAGGGUUACAAAGAUGUCCAACAGGGUGGCAAACUCAAUCCUGUCUGGUGUUCUGAAGGUCACUGGCUUUGUCACAAGCGCCGUGUUGAACUCCAAACCAGCACAAAAGUUUUUCAAGUUAAUGCCUGGCGAAGUUAUUCUUGCUUCACUUGAUGGAUUUGGGAAAGUAUGGGAUGCUGUAGAAGUGUCUGGCAAGAAUGUGAUGCAGACAUCAUCAGUUGUGACAACUUCUGUUGUAACACACAGAUACGGUGAGCAAGCAGGGGAAGCCACACACGAUUACCUCCACGCUACAGGGAAUGCUCUCGGAGCUGCGUGGGCUGUAUUCAAGAUUAGGAAAGCACUCGACCCUAAGGAUCCGAUGCACGCAUCGCGGAGCCUCCUGCCCACGUCCGGCGAGUCCCUCCGCCUCGUGGCCGCCUGCCGCGCACCCGCCCACCUCCCAUCCCUGCACGCCGCACACGCGCGCCUCCUCGUGCUGCUCCACCCUUCCCACCCAUCCGCCGCACACGCUAGCGUCAAGCUCAUCCAAGCCUACGCCGCCUGCUCCGCGCUCCCCUUGGCACACGCCGUGCUCGAGUCGUCGUCCUCCUCCCCCGACGGCAGCAACAGGACCACCACCGUCUGCUUCAACGUACUCAUUCGCACGCUCACCGCCGCCUCCCUCCACCGCGAUGCGCUCGUCCUCUUCGCCUCCAUGCGGCCACGGGGCCCCGCCUGCUUCCCCGACCACUACACCUACCCGCUCGCGCUCAAGUCGUGCGCGGCGUCGAACGAUCUCCUCCUCGGCCUCCAAAUCCACUCCGCCGUCGCCAAGCUCCGCCUCGACGCGAACGUCUACGUGGCGCACUCCGCGAUCAGCAUGUACGCGCGGUGCGGCCGCCCGGAAGACGCGUACAGGGUGUUCGACGGAAUGCAGCACCGGGAUGUCGUCUCCUGGAACGCCAUGAUCGCCGGGUUCGCGCGCGCGGCUCUGUUCGACCGUGCUAUUGUGGUUUUCAAGCAGUUUGUGGUGCUGCAGGGUUCAAUGCCGGAUGCUGGCACCAUGGCAGGCAUCUUGCCGGCUAUGGGGAAUGCCAGGUCAGAUGACAUUGCGUUUGUGAGGGGUGUGUUUGACCAUAUGCAGUUUAAGGAACUUAUCUCUUGGAAUGCUAUGCUCGCUGUGUAUGCUAACAAUGGAUAUCAUGUUAAGGCAGUUGAACUGUUCAUGCUGAUGGAAAAGGACGAGGUUGAGCCAGAUUCAGUGACUCUGGCAACUGUUCUUCCUCCAUGUGGGGAGCUCUCAGCAUUUUCAGUGGGAAAACGGAUCCAUGAGAUUAUCAAGAGGAAAAAUAUGUGCCCUAACUUGUUGCUUGAAAAUGCUCUCAUGGACAUGUAUGCAAGCUGUGGAUGUUUGAAGGAUGCUAGGGAGGUCUUUGAUUCCAUGAGUGCACGGGAUGUGAUAUCAUGGACUUCAAUCAUAUCUGCUUAUGGAAAGCAUGGUCAUGGAAGAGAGGCUGUUGAUCUUUUUGAGAAGAUGCUAGGACAGGGGCUGGAACCAGACUCUAUUGCCUUUGUUGCUGUUCUGGCAGCAUGCAGCCAUGCUGGCCUUUUGGAUGAUGGAAAAUGCUACUUUGAUUCCAUGACUUCCAGGUAUCAUAUCACUCCAAAAGCAGAGCACUAUACUUGCAUGGUGUACCUUCUCGGCCGUGCUGGAUGUAUAAGCGAGGCGUAUGAUUUCAUCACAACAAUGCUGGUCGAGCCAAAUGAAAGAGUCUGGGGAGCCUUAUUACAAGCUUGUCGAAUUCACUCUAAUAUGGACAUUGGACUCGUGGCAGCAGACAAUCUGUUCAGAUUGGUACCUGAACAAACAGGAUACUAUGUUCUGUUAUCUAAUAUGUAUGUUAGGGCUGGGAGAUGGGCAGAUGUUACCUCGGUGAGAAGUGUCAUGGUGGAUAAGGGUAUCAAGAAAUUUCCUGGUACUAGCAUUGUCGAGCUAGGGGAUCGGGUUCACACAUUUCAUAUUGGUGAUAGAUGUCACCCACAAUCUGAAAUUAUCUAUCAGAAACUGGAUGAGCUACUGGGCAAAAUAAGGAGAAUGGGUUAUAACCCAGAGGUAGAGGCUACACUCCAUGAUGUUGAAGAAGAAGACAAGGAGGGUCAUCUUUCUGUUCACAGCGAGAAAUUGGCGAUUGCAUUUCUCCUUUUGAACACUAGUCCAGGGACAAUUAUCAGGGUGACUAUGAAUCUCAGAACCUGUAGUGACUGCCAUCUUACUGCAAAGCUGAUUUCGGUAAUCACCAGUAGAGAGAUUAUCCUCAAAGACACCAAUAGGAUCCAUCAUAUAGUAAGAGGAGUUUGUUCAUGUGGGGAUUAUUGGUAG